AAUUACGUUCCUCUCAAAACGUUAAACAAACAGCCACUUCUACGAGACUUGCGGUACACAAAAGCUAUUCCUUGGUCGCUAUAACAACCACCAACCCCCAUAUUUACGGGCCGAAGUCAGCACGAGAACAGUAACGCACCACCUUCGAACACGAGCACCCACCAAUACUGAAACUGUUUCAAACUGAUGCACAUAGAAUUUGAAUGAUUCGAUAUUUGAAAAUGAAAAAGUGUUUGUGCUAGUUUUAUUUUUAUUGUGGCCAGUUAAAACAUGAUUUGCGUAGCUUUACUCUUGUUGUCAAUAAACUUAGUGUUGUCAGCUAGGGAGCCAAAACAGAUUACUCUAGUCAACCAAGGGACGAUAUCAGGAGUUUAUAUGACGCGUUUUCGAACAAAGAGAAUCGCCGCGUAUCUAGGAAUCCCUUACGCCCAACCGCCGGUUGAAUCAAGAAGAUUCCAGGCACCAGAUUACACAAUUUUGCCGGCUUGGGAGGAUGUGAGAAAUGCAACGACGUUUGCCCCUGAUUGUAUGCAGAGUGAGCCUAAGGAGGAAGAGGGAGUUGUGCAGAGAGUGCAGUUAAGUAAGCAUGAUAAACUGUUUGCUACGCUGCUUGAGGAUCAAUUGGAUGAGCCUAGGAAGAAAGAAUUCAGUGAAGAUUGUCUAUACCUGAACAUUUACGUUCCUGAUGGUUUCAAAAUAGAAGGCGGGUAUCCUGCGAUGGUAUGGUUUCAUGGCGGCAAUUUCAUGAGAGGCAGUCCCAACGAUUUAAACCCAUUUCAAUUGGUCUUAUCACAAAAAGUGAUAUUUAUCUCAGUAGCCUAUCGAUUGAACAUUUUCGGAUUUUUUUCGACAUUAGACCAAGAGGCCACUGGAAACUACGGCAUAUUAGACCAAGUCGCUGCUCUGACCUGGGUAAAAAACAACAUAGCAGCAUUCGGCGGCGACCCGGAAAAUGUUUGCAUUUUCGGACACGACGCUGGAGCCGUAAGCGUUGGACUGCACUUGAUUUCAUCUUACUCAUCGGGACUGUUCCAAAAAGCCAUAGCUAUGAGUGGAAAUGUCUUGUCACCCGACACAGUAAACACACCUCGAAGAGAACUUAUAACCGUCGAUAAAGUUGCUACAGCCUUCAGUUGUUUCCGAAAACCAUCCUACCAACUACUAGGUUGCCUACGAAGAGUGCCUUUUCAAGCGCUCUUACAAGAGGGAGAAUAUUUGACGGAAUGGAAACCAAUUGUAGAUUUAGGAUUUAGCAAUGUCACAGCACCAUUUCUGCCUGACCUGCCAAGCAAAUUGUUUAAAGACGAAAUCUUUAGUCCAGUACCAGUAUUGACCGGUUACACUAAUAUGGAAGAUGCACUUCUGCUUGCUAAGGAUAGUGACGAUACUGGAAUAAGUCAAAAAGAGUUCGAUGCCAUGAGAGAAGAGAUAAUCCUAGCUGAUAUAACAGUAGACAAUACCUCAUGUUUCACUAAUCAGCAUCAUAUUCAAGAUGCUGUUUCUUUCUUUUACAAGCCCAUCCCACCGACUUCGAAUGAAACAAUACUGAGAAAGCUGUUCUUGGACUUUUAUACCGAUAAAGUACAUGGAGCUACUACUUAUCAGUUGGCCAAACAUCUGAGCCAACAUGCAGCCGUCUAUCUCUACCGGUUCGAUCUAAAACCCUUCUCUGAUAUGGCCAACGAAGGUAUCCCGGACUGGAUUUCAGUGCCACACAACUUCGAUUUAAUUUUUACUUUCGGUUUACCACACUUAGCUCAGCCUAAGGAUUUGAAUAAAUGGGAUAAAAGAGAUAAGAGUAUUUCUGAGAUAAUUAUGAAAAUGUGGUCCAAUUUUGCUUGGUACUCGCACCCGACAAACUCAAGUGUGAGAAUUGAAUGGGAAGCUUUUGAAAUGGAAAAGCCAGGGUAUUUGAUAAUAGACCGGAAUAAUUUCACGAUGAGUACCCCAGAAACGAUUAACUAUAAAGCUUUUGAAUUUUGGACUGAUUUUUACCCGAAAGUUGUGGAGAUCGGUACAAAGUGUUGUAAGGAGCCAAUAGAUGAUUCGGGAUCCACUUCAAUAUUUACCAGGGGGCUUUUCCAAAGCUUGCUAACGGUUCACAUUAUAACAUGUCAACGGGGCUCAUUCGCCGGCAAGAGACCAAUCGGCUACCCUGAAUUACUCAACAGGACUACUACUACAGUUGAUCCACUAGGGAAUCGAUUCGGUGAAGGCGACAGCACCACAGAAAGAUUGCCCGUAGAAGCCAACGGUGACCGCGACUUGGUCGACAGAAUCAGCAAGUUUCCCAUAGACAAGCAGCCCUUCUGGUACCUCAACUGGAAGGCACUCGAAGAACAGAGGAAAAACCCUCAGACGUUCGCGCAGCGACCUAGUCAAUUCGCGGAAACACCGAAUUUUAAUACUGGAACACAAAAUUCUAAUGCCGGAACUCUAAAUUCUCGUUUUGGAACGAAUUCUAAUGCUGGAACUCUGAAUUCUAAUCUUGCAACUCCGAUUAAUAAUGUUAGAACUAAUUCUAACACACAUUCUCUGAAUUCUAACUUAGGAGCUCAUUCUGAUACUGGAAUCGCAAACGGAGCCACUAAUUCGAAGAUUGGAACUCAAAAUUCGGGAUUUUCACGUCUUGGACAUGACGCUGGUGGUUUUGAUACCGAUUCUGAUGCUGAUCUUGAUCUUACUCAUGUUACCAAGGGAAGACACACACAACAACAACAACACCAACACCAACAACAAGGACACACUUUGCAGGGUUCUCAUUUGUAAACCUUUGGAUAAAAAUGUUUUUUUUUUUUUGUUCCAAUCACAAAAUUCCACGGAAUAUCACUAACACAAACCGAUUAUUUUUUAUCAGUACUUUAAAUAAAACUUCGAUUAAAUGUAAUAAAACACA